UUGAAAAUAACCUUGACCUCAAGGUUGUAGUUGACUUCUACCUCCUUGACCUUUCGUUUUCUUCGUUUCCAAUUGCGCUCCAUCAUGCGAAGGAAUUCUUCUUUGGCAUCUCCAAUGUUCCUCGUUGCUUCUCUAAUCAAGUGACGCAUGUCACCUUGUUCACAACCGAAGAAUUCUUCAUCUUCUUCCUUUUCGAAAUCCAUAAAGUAAGAAUCGAAAAACUGCUCUUCUUUUUGCUUCUCUUCAUUCACCAGCUUGGAAUCUGUAAGGAAUAGCUCCAUAAUUUCCUCCAUAGGCUUGGUGGUGAAAACAACCCAUAGCUUUACCCAACCUUCAUUUCCUCCUCCCUUGGGUCGGCCCACAUUGGCUUGUAAGAAUGAGUGCCAAGGGCUUGUCGAUCUUCAUGCUCUUCUCAACUGGUGAAGGAACGACGAAUGAUGUUGAUGUCGCAGGGGAGUCGGCCAUUGCAACAGUUGCUUUCUUGGCCUUCACAGUAGCGGUGGUUCCACCUCGCUCGAGCCCGAUUGGGAACGCAGGUUAUUCCAACCAAUCUUCAAAAUCCAUAUCACCGAGCGGUUCUAUUGUGGUGCAAGUUGCGCCUGGAGGUGGGAUUGGGCUUCUCUCCAUUAGCGCGACUGCCAACUUCAAUUUAAGAACUUUUUCGAGUUCUUUGAUUGAGAGCCCUGCGAACCUCGACAUGGUAAUGGUACGAGUGCCACAACCAGGCUCUGAUACCAAUUGUGAGAACCCCGCUUCUAGGGUCUCUCGGGACUGAUCUUCGGCACUCGUGACAAUUAGGGAUUUAUGGUUUGAGAGAAAGAAUUAGGGAUUUAGAUGAGAAAGAACAUAAUAGAAUUGGAAAUCGGCCGAGGCCUUGGAUUAGGAGAGAAUAGAAAUUAUGAGUUGAGAGAGAUUAGGUUUAGGAGAGAUACUUUGCUUAAUAUUCUUCUUGACUGAUUAUGACGUAAACCCAAAGUACAUAUUUAUAGGGAAAUACUGGAAAACCCUAAUAAUAAUCCUAAUACGACUAAAUCUCUACUAACCAUAAUUAUAAUUAUCCUAUCUAAUAUAAUAAUAGAAACCUAAUAUAAAUGUGUUUAUGAC